ACAAAAAUAAGCACAAUUUAUGAAGUGUAUCAAUCAGUUAUAGAAUAAUGUAAACGGUCGCAGUAGUAAUAAAGGCUGAUUUCUUUUUUACGGUUUAGUUUUAACUUGUAACAGGUCUUUUCAUUACAAUAGAAUCUUAUUGAUUUUUAGUGUAUCAAAAUUUUGCAACGGAAUAUUCCAACUUGCAACAGAUCUACAAUCGUUCGUUGCUUGAAUUGAGCACAUGAGCUGAUAGACCAGCAAACAAUAAUCAAUCAGUUAUAUCUUAAACUCGGUUAGUUGAAGUGCGUGUUCGUGUGCGUCGUGGUCGCGGUCUCGUGUAUCGGUAUCACGUGUUUAUAGCACAUUUUGUCAACACUUCAAAACGAAGAGGGAAGAGGCAGUAGUCAGACAGCGACAGCUAGCAGCAAUCUACGCCUGAGGCCAUGCAUUCAGCCAGAUGAGAAGCAGAAACGUCGGGCAUUAUUAGUGUUGUGUCCAGUGUGUGUUGUUGGAUCCUAUCAAACAUGACGACUGUUAAUCUCUUCACGGUUGUCCAAGUCUUGCUGUUGGCCGUCCUAGCUUCAAGUGCUACCAAUAACGCUUACAAAUCUCUUCCACCAACCUGUCAAAGUGACAUCUACUGCCAUGGUCCUCUAAUCCACACCGUGCAGAUGGCAUCCAUUUUCCCCGAUUCAAAGACAUUCGUCGACAUGAAAAUGAAGUACAGCCGAAACGAAACACUGCGAAGGUUCAGUAAUAUGAUGAAGAAGACAGAUAACGCACCUUCGCGUCACGAGGUGGAGAUUUUCGUGAAUGAAACUUUCGACCCGGCUGGAUCAGAGUUCGUUGAUUACGAGCCCGAAGACUGGAUACAGAAGCCGGCGUUCUUGGAGAAGGUGCUCAAUCCAGACCUGAGGCAGUGGGGGAGUCAGCUGAAUUUGUUGUGGAAGUUUCUGGGGAGGAAGAUGAAGGAUGACGUGAAAGUGAAUCCUGAGAAAUACUCGAUUAUCUACGUGCCACACCCAGUGAUCGUGCCAGGUGGACGGUUUAGAGAGUUCUACUACUGGGACUCCUACUGGAUAAUUCGUGGCCUCCUCUACUCGCAGAUGUACUCGACUGCGCGGGGCAUGAUUCACAACUUCGUGACAAUCGUCGACCAGUAUGGCUUCAUCCCUAACGGGGGUCGCAUCUACUACGCCAUGCGCUCUCAGCCCCCUCUGCUCGCUCCCAUGGUCAAAAGCUACCUAGAUGUCACGCAUGAUCUGCAGUUCCUCAAGGACAACAUUCACACCCUGGAGAAAGAGUUCGAGUUCUGGAUGAUGAACCGGACCACGCAAAUCGAGAAGGAUGGUCACACUUACACCCUGGCCAGGUACAAUGAUCAGUCCAGGGGUCCUCGUCCUGAAUCCUACAGGGAAGACUACUCGAGCGCACAAUCAUUCCGGACAGAAGGAGAAAAGGAAAUCUAUUAUGGAGAACUGAAAACGGCUGCCGAGUCGGGCUGGGAUUUUUCCAGUCGCUGGUUCGUUCUUAAUGGAACAAAUAAAGGAAACCUGACAAAUUUGAAGGGCUCCUCAAUCAUCCCAGUUGAAUUAAAUGCUAUCAUUUACUGGAACGCAAAACUGCUGGCUGAGUUCAACAAAGAGCUGGGCAUGACUGAUGCAUGCCAAGCUGGAUACAGGUGACAUCUGUUAGCAUGGCCUCAUGCUUGUAUUAACGUUCUUUGGCACGAAGAAGUGGGGGCCUGGCUGGACUAUGACAUCAUCAACGAGAAGAAAAGAGACUACUUUUACCCAACAAACAUCUCCCCGCUCUGGACCAACUGCUAUGACACCGACAAGAAAACCUACUUCAUUUCGAAAAUUAUGAAAUAUUUGGAGAAGACAAACAUCGAUGUGAAUCAGGCUGGAGUGCCGACUACCUUGGAGCACUCCGGAGAGCAAUGGGACUACCCCAACGCUUGGCCACCUCUGCAGUAUAUCCUGAUAAUGAGUCUCGAUACAACAGGGGACGAAUGGUGUCGAGAGAUCGCUUACGAAUUCGCCGAGAGAUGGGUCCGAUCUAACUACAAGGCAUACAAUGAAACAAAUGCCAUGUAUGAGAAGUACGAUGCUACCGUACUGGGAGGACAUGGGGGUGGUGGCGAAUAUGAAGUUCAAUUGGGCUUUGGCUGGACCAAUGGCGUAAUUAUCGAAUUGCUCGACAAAUACGGUCACAAACUGACACCCGAACAACAAGCGACGGCAGGAUCUGAACCCCACACUGGUGCCAGCAUUUCUGCUUCUGGAUUCUCGUCAUCAUCUGUCUCUACAAUCACUCAACUGCUCACAGCGAUACUAGCUCUAUUAGCUACCUUUGCUGCUGGAUGUAUAGGAUUGAGACUCAGCGACCCUAGAUUCUAUAAAACAUUACUGAUGUACAGAAGGAGGUGUGAAUACAGUUCUGUGAGGGCUGCUUCAGCUGGCAGACGGCCAACACCUGAUAAUAGGAAAAAACUGCUCAAGAAUCGCAUUGGCACCAAUUAUAUGGAAUUGAAGGAUCUAAAACCAUGUGACUAGAAUAAUAAUAUCGAUUCUAAUACUCUAUACCACCUGGACUACAACAUUACGUUAACGAACUAACUUACAUUAUAAUCAUACAAAGAAAAAUACACAGAUAAAAAGUUGAAUACUGUUCUACCUCUCUUCAAAGUUUUAAAAGUUGCCUCAUAGUCUUCCUUAUAUUGCCGUUAUAGAUUAGAGGUUUUCCUCAAAUAUGAGAGUCAAUAUCCGUUUAUAAAAUGCAUAAAGUAUUUAAAAUCAACUCAUGAUAAGUGUAAGACUUUAACCCGAAGUUCCUUCAACACAAAGCUUUACUCUUGUUAUCAGAUAGUAUUAAAUUCUCCAUUAUUAAAUAGAAGUGAUGCUUUUCUAUGCACGUAAUUAUAUAGUUAUUGGAGAGCUGAAAAAUUAUAAUUCCUCACUAGUUAUGCUUUGUGAUCGAAUUAAAAAUAGAUAAUUAUUUUAGCCCAUGAUAACAUUUUCUACUUUUGAUAAUUGUUAUAUUUUUAUUAGCAUUGACAAUGACAGUAUAAUUUUGAGGUUACUCUCACAUUGUUUACAAUAGUUUUAAUUUAUUGAAAAUUAUUAAUAAAAUAAAAUAUAUUUUUUGAAUUGAUUAAUAAAAUAUUUGACUAUAUUGUACUUGACUAAUUAUACUUGACUAGUAAAUUUUUGGUUAUCAAAAUACGGUACCGGUAGCGGCUGAUUUCGAAUGAAAUUCAUAUCAGCAAUUAAUCAAAACAACAAUAAAGAUUAUCUUUUAACGUAUAUUCAGGCUGUCUGCUCCAAAUAAUGUUAGUAUAUCAAUAAUUAUUAAAUUAUUUGAAACUG